CAUUCCAUCUCUUCAACAUCCCCUGAUUUCAGAAAUGGCCUCCAUGUUUUCCAGAUCCGAGAUGUCUAACAUUGCAUCCACAUUGCUCUCCACCUACGCCUCCUUUGCCGGAACCUUAAUGCUCCUCCGAACCAUGGCAAGAGAGCUCAUUCCUGAGCAGCUCAGAUCUUACUUCUUCUCCUUUUUCCACUACCUCUUCACCCCUCCCUCUACCAACCUCACUCUCGUUAUCAACGAAUCCAGCGGGGUGUCAAGUAAUGACGUCUACAAUGCCGCCGACCUCUAUCUUGCCACCAAGAUCAGCCCCAAAACAGAGAGGCUCAAGCUGAGCAAAACCGAGAGGCAAAAGAAUUUCGCGAUCUCAAUCGAAAAGGAUGAAGAGGUCGUCGAUAUUUUUGAGGGAAUUGAGUUGAAAUGGAGGUAUAACUGCAUAGAGCCUCGCGAAAAGCAUUCUGCAGAGAAAAAAUUCUUUGAACUCAGCUUCAACAAGAAGUUCAAAGAUAAAAUCGUCGACUUUUAUUUACCUCAUGUUUUGGCCAGGGCUAAACAAAUCAAAGAAGAGUCCAAAGUGGUUAAGAUCUAUAAUCGUGACUGUCCUUGCGGCGAUGAUGAUACUGGCAUCUGGGGUUCCAUGAAUCUUGAGCAUCCAGCCACAUUUGAUACCGUAGCCAUGGAUUCGGAGCUGAAGAAGAUGAUAAUCGAUGAUUUGGAGAGGUUCGUGAGGAGGAGAGAGUUCUACAAGAAAGUGGGGAAGGCCUGGAAACGAGGGUAUUUGUUGUACGGCCCUCCAGGCACUGGAAAAUCGAGUUUGAUUGCUGCCAUGGCCAAUUACCUCAAGUUUGAUAUAUACGAUCUGGAGCUUGCAAGUAUAUACUCCAAUUCGGACUUGAGAAACGUAUUGUUAUCAACAACUAACAGGUCAAUUAUUGUAAUCGAGGACAUAGAUUGCAGCAUUCAGGUUCAAGACAGAGAAAAUCGCUUAGAAUCUGAUAAUUCAAACAGAAGGUUAACGCUAUCUGGCAUAUUGAACUUCAUUGAUGGACUGUGGUCAAGCUGUGGGGACGAGAAAAUCAUUGUGUUCACGACCAACCACAAGGACAGGCUUGACCCGGCGCUGCUGCGUCCUGGCAGGAUGGACGUGCACAUCAACCUGUCCUAUUGCACCCUUGAUGCGUUCAGGAUCUUGGCUUCUAAUUACCUGGACAUCAGCAACAGAGACCAUCCCCUGUUUGGAGAAAUCGAAAGCUUGAUACAGAGCACGGAGGUGACCCCAGCAGAGGUGGCAGAGGAACUGAUGAGGAGUGAAGAUGCUGACCUUGCCCUUCAAGGACUUGUUAACUUCAUUAAACACAAGAGGAGUAAAUGCGAUGAAACUGAGGAGGAAGUUGCUGAGAUUGAAGAAGCAAACAGUUUUAAAAGUGGUAAUGAGGGAAAGGAAAUUAGUGUUACAAGGAAGAGACGAAGUGGGGUCAGGAUAGCAACACGAAGACGGCCAGGAAAGGGAGGGACAAAGGAUCGAUUGGGUAGAAGUGCCAAAAUGUUUUUUCACUAAAAAAAUACAAUAUAGACUUUGGUUGCAGAGUCCCUGCUUCAUUUGGUGUUGUUGUUAACGUAUGAGAUAAAGUCCGUUAACUAGUUGUGUUAGUUCUUGUGUGGUGGUAGUUGCAAAUGGUUUAUUUUGCUUAGUGGUGUAGCAGUUCAUGUUGGCAGUUUGUAACUUCUUUGCUUUUUGCAACCGUCAUGUAUUAGUUUCUGUUUCUUUCCUAGAAACAGUAUAAAUGUUCGACACUCUG